AUGGAUGCCAAAAAGAAGAAGGUCUCUCGUCGCGAAACCUACUCUUCUUACAUUUACAAGGUCUUGAAGCAAGUCCACCCUGAUACUGGUAUUUCCAACAAGGCCAUGUCCAUUUUGAACUCUUUCGUCAACGAUAUCUUUGAACGUAUUGCUUCUGAAGCCUCCAAGUUGGCUGCCUACAACAAGCGUUCCACUAUCUCCUCUCGUGAAAUUCAAACCGCCGUCCGUCUCAUCCUUCCUGGUGAAUUGGCCAAGCACGCCGUCUCUGAAGGUACCAAGGCUGUCACCAAGUACACUUCCUCCAAAUAAACAUCGAUCUCAAUUUCAAAAACAGCAUCCACUUCUAUACGAAUCAGCUCUUAUUCGAUUAGCACCAAACCUAUUCUUUCUCUGGCUUCUAUCAGAAAAGAUGCAUUGUUGAAAAAAAAAUGGGAGGAUAGCAGUUAUAUAAAACAAAAGAGAGAGUAGAAUAUACUCUCUGUUUUGCUUCAUCUACAUACACCACUCUCGAUACUUAUUCCCUUUUCUUCAUUUCGCCUAUAAUGUAUAACUCUACUCUUCUCUUAUUAUAUGACUUUUGACUCCCAUCAUUUUCUUUUGUACAGCUUAAAAAAAAAAAAAAACUAGUACAGCUUUGAUAUCCUAUAUUCUAUUAAUAUUUCUCUUAAUAAAGCUUACUUGAAUAAAUCGUUCC